AAACACCAACUCCGUCUCUUCAAUCUCGAUCAUCCUUAAUUACCACCUUCCUAAAAUGGCUGCUACUACAUCCAACUGUCAGUCCAUCACGAUAUCUCAGGAGCUGUCACAGAAGAUUCUGAUAACUCAUGUCUUUGAUCAAACUCGUGAAGUUGAUCUCGGACCACUAGUUAAGGUCGUUGAGAGCAUUUUGCAAAACGCUGCAGCUGCUUGCAAGGGUGAGUAUGAAGGUUUAAAUGAUAUGAUCUGCAGCCUGGAGAACUUUGAUGGCAUGCGUCAAGCAUUGGAUGAUAUACGCAGCAUCUCCUGUGAGAUUUCAUGCAAUCUUUCAGAUGUGGAGGCAACGACAAUGGUGCUGCUCAAAAGGCUUAGAAAUUAUUCAUGGAACGCCAAAGUAGUGCUAGCCGUAGCAGCUUUCGCCUUGAGUAUCGGGGAGUUGUUGAUGCUUUUGAAUCACCGCACCACGGACCCAAUUGCUAUGUCCGUGGAUCUCCUCAAAGGUCACGUGCUCAAACUUGAUAUAAAUGUGCUUAAACAACUUUUGAAGGCCAUGGUGGAUGUGGUGAACAUCAAUUUCGCCUUCUUGGUUCCAACUCUUUCCAAGAUUCCAAAAGAGGCACCGUCCAUGAAGGAUGCCAUGGAUUAUUUCCCCACCGCUACUUACAAGAUCCUUAGCGUUGUUGUUCAAAUUGCAAGCAUUAUAAGCAAAAGGGAGUACAUUAUUGAGUCAACAAUAAGACGCUUGGCACAUGAAGUUAGCUAUGUAAACUAUGUCCUUCAAGAGAAAUUAGAACGUUGCAGAAAGGAUGCUGCCAAUUUAACAACUGAUUACGAGGCAAAACAAGGCGAAAAGUACUACCAGCAUGAACAAGUAGAGUACCGGCAGUAUGAAGGCGUUUGGGAAGUCAUUAUUCCUAAAAUUGGUUUUUGGGAACUUAUUGAUAAAAUUAAGUAUCAUAUGAAGAUUCAGGUUCCUGAAAAACUGAGAAAAAAGCAUGUGUUGCUUCUCAUAUCAGAUCUUGACAUCUCCAUUGAAGAGAUUAAGGUUCUUAAUCGGCUGUACCAAAUGAACAACCAGCGGUAUGAAAUCUUAUGGUUCCCAAUUGUGGACGUGGCAACUUACGAAAAGAUAAAGUUUUCGGAGCUGAAACAGUUGAUGAAAUGGGGUGCGGUCGACCCCUCCAACAUUGGACCGGCCUUCAUUGAAUACAUUAAGAAGGAAUGCAAUUUUUUAAAAAACCCCAUUGCUGUGUCGCUGAAUCAAGAAGGAGAUGUGACGUGCCUAAAUGCACUCCCAAUGUUGUGGACGUGGGGCAAUUCGGCCUUCCCAUUCACUGAUGAAAAAGAGCAUCAGCUCUGGAAUAAGAUUGGUGAGAAAACUGGUUGGAAACUUGAACUCCUGCUUGAUGAGCAGAUCGAUCUCGACAUACCGCCACGGAUGCGGAGCGUGACAUUCGUAUGCUUGUUUGGGGGUGAAAAUAUAUCAUGGAUUCAGAAGUUCACGGAGAAAGUAAAAAAUGCUACUGUCGGCGUUUCCUUUAAACUGGUUUACGUGGGAAAGAGCAAAGGCAAAGGGCUACCAAGCCACCUGCUUAGUUCUGACAUUCACGUGAUCGACUCUGAAUUUCAGUGGCAGUUUUCGACCCGACUGGAGAGUAUAUUGUAUGCAAAAAUCCAACAGGACAAGACCAGUCAAACUGAUCGCGUGAUGCACGAAGCCUUGAAACUACUUGGCUACGCUAGCAAUGGCGAACCGUGGGCAAUGUUCUCUGUCGGAUCAGCUGUGAUGGUCACGGCCAACGGAGAAAUGGCUCUAACCAUCAUGUCAAACUAUAAAGAUUGGAAAAAGGACACAACAGGGCCUCUUUUUCUUGAAGCACUCCGAAAUUAUUGCACGUAUAAGAUACCGGAUAUCCAUGGCUGCAUCAAUGUUCACCUCCCCGUUGUCGGGGAGAUUCCAGGGAUAGUAAGUUGCCCGACAUGUUCCAAAGAAAUGGAGAUGUAUUACACGUAUCGCUGCUGUUCUGAGUAAUUAGCAAACUAUGUUUGAGCAGGACAUCGACAAGAUGCUACUGUGAUAAAUAAAUAUCACUUUUGGGUUUUACCAGACCGAUGGGAUGAUCAUGAAGAAGUACAAGAUUGUAUUAUAUGUUGCUUUCUUAUUAUUAUGUUAUGAACAAUUUUUAGGAGUCCUAUACAUUAAGGAGCUUUGGCUAGUGAAGAGUUCAA